AUGACUAAUUUACUCAAAUUUGUUUUCAUAGGAGUUACAUUCAUAGUCAGUGCUCAUGGAGCAAGCGUGGCUUGUGGGAAUCUCUCACUGGCGGAUAGUUACCUCGGAGCUUCGUGUGGAUUUCGAAUCAAGGAGUUUGGAGAGAAACUUGGACAUCUGGAUUUUGACAACAAUGAUGAGAUGAAAGAAUUUAAAAGAUCAUGA